UGCUUCGUGGCUUCUGGUCGGUCCGGGUUGGUCAGUUGGUCCCUUGUGCUCAGUGAGCGGUUUGAUUUUGGCCCGGGUCUGUGCAAAGGUAUCAAGAUUCAUUUCCCGCUAAUGUCCUACGGCAGCGAGACGCCGCACGUUUGGAGCAGCUCAGCAGGCAGCGAGGUGUCCCCGUACGGUCCGUUGUGGGACGCGCCGCCGGCACCCGUGCCGUAUCCCGACAUCCUGGCGUUCCCGCCGGCCGACCUGGUGUGGUCGGCGGCUGGGUGCGGCGGCCGGGCCGGAGCCCGGGUCCCCUCCGGCGGCAAGAAGCCCCGACGGCGAGUAGCGUCCGUCGCCCAGCGUCGCGCCGCCAACAUUCGCGAGCGACGCCGCAUGUUCAAUCUCAAUGAAGCCUUCGAUAAAUUGCGUAGGAAGGUACCAACCUUCGCUUACGAGAAGCGCCUCUCCCGCAUCGAGACCCUGAGGCUGGCCAUCACCUACAUCAGCUUCAUGUGUGAACUGCUGCACGGUUCACCACAACCCCAUCACGCCGCCCAUGGCAUACACCCGUCACGUCAUGUGUUUGAUGGUGAAGUGCCUUGGUGCGCUUAGAAUGGAAGGUUCUAGAAAUAUGGUAAACGGUUUUUGAAAUGGGAAGUGAAGGAAAAGAGUGUUGUAUUCUAGUCAGUUUAGUUGAAGUAUUUUGAGUUUCAGAGGUUUAAAAUGUAAAGUCUAUGAAAUUGUCACAGCUUUUCAAUUCGUUUUGCCAUUUAUAUACCAAGAUUCAAAACACUUUAUUUGUACCUUUUAAUACCUUUAUGUGAAUCAUUGAGAUUUUAUGGAAUUCAUGGCUUAAAAGAUUUACUAAUUUGGAACCUUGAAUACUUUAGUUUUGGAUAGCUCCCACUAAAUAAGCAAGACGAAUAUGGCAAGGUACCUACCUAUUUUGCAAUGGCAAAAACCUCGAAAUUUCUUUUGAACAUUUUAUUGUUUUGUUAACUUUAGAGCUUAUAAUUUAAUUGAAGUUUAAUUUGAGAAGAAUGUGGCGUCUGCAUCUGUAUCAGAAAUGCAAGCUUCUAGUCAUCAUAAUAUUAUCUAUUACUCUGUA